GUAAUGCUCUGCCUGUGUGAUUGUCUCUAAUUCCCGGAGAGCAAAGGUCUGUCUGAUUGAGUCCAUGGCAUGUGUCAGUAUUGCUUCACGAAAUGCUCAAAACUCACCUGGGCUGGGUUCAGGUUUCCAGACUGAAACUGCUGCCCAAGAAUGGAGCUAAAGAAUGGAAAUGGAUUUGUUUUGUGUUGCUCCUUUUGGUGUUGGGAAUCCACAAUGCUUUUGGCCUGAUUCGUCAGUCAUGUAGCUAAGUUGGACGAUGUUUUCCAUGUGCUUAUCCCAUGGGCUGGGCGGAGUGAAAAGAAAGGGAUGCUGAGUCAUCGUAAAACCUUCAGGUACCACUCAGAGCUUCCCAACAAACAAGAACAGAUUGCAUGAAGGCUAAUGUCCUGGAGGGCGACUCCAUGGACCAGGACGUGGAAAGCCCAGUGGCCAUUCACCAACCAAAGUUGCCUAAGCAGGCCAGGGACGACCUUCCGAGACACAUCAGCCGAGACAGGACCAAAAGGAAAAUCCAGAGGUACGUGAGGAAAGACGGGAAGUGUAACGUCCACCACGGCAACGUUCGGGAGACGUACCGGUACUUGACGGACAUCUUCACCACCCUGGUGGACCUAAAGUGGAGAUUCAACCUGCUUAUCUUUGUCAUGGUCUACACGGUGACGUGGCUCUUCUUUGGGAUGAUCUGGUGGCUAAUCGCGUACAUCCGAGGAGACAUGGACCACAUAGAGGACCCUUCGUGGACUCCCUGUGUCACCAACCUCAACGGGUUCGUCUCUGCUUUUUUAUUCUCAAUAGAGACAGAAACCACCAUUGGCUAUGGCUACAGGGUCAUCACGGACAAGUGCCCCGAGGGCAUCGUGCUGCUCUUAAUCCAGUCUGUGUUGGGGUCCAUUGUCAAUGCGUUCAUGGUGGGAUGUAUGUUUGUGAAAAUAUCCCAGCCCAAGAAGAGGGCGGAGACGCUGGUCUUCUCCACCCACGCAGUGAUCUCCAUGCGGGAUGGGAAACUGUGCCUGAUGUUCCGGGUGGGGGACCUGAGGAACUCCCACAUCGUGGAGGCCUCCAUCAGAGCCAAGCUGAUCAAGUCCAAACAGACCUCAGAGGGGGAGUUCAUCCCCCUCAACCAGACUGACAUCAACGUGGGCUACUACACCGGGGAUGACCGCCUCUUCCUGGUGUCGCCCUUGAUUAUUAGCCAUGAAAUCAACCAACAGAGCCCCUUCUGGGAGAUCUCCAAAGCCCAGCUGCCUAAGGAGGAACUGGAGAUCGUGGUCAUCCUGGAGGGAAUGGUAGAGGCCACAGGAAUGACAUGCCAGGCUCGGAGCUCCUACGUCACCAGUGAGAUCCUGUGGGGUUACCGGUUCACCCCAGUCCUCACGCUGGAAGACGGAUUCUACGAAGUGGACUACAACAGCUUCCAUGAGACCUAUGAGACCAGCACCCCGUCCCUCAGUGCCAAAGAGCUGGCCGAGCUGGCCAACAGGGCAGAACUGCCCCUGAGCUGGUCUGUGUCCAGCAAACUGAACCAGCAUGCAGAACUGGAGACGGAAGAGGAGGAGAAGAACCCGGAAGAGCAAACGGAGAGGAAUGGUGACGUGGCAAACCUAGAGAAUGAAUCCAAAGUGUAGGCCCAACUGGGCCAGCCUUUCCCUCCCCCUCAGACAUGAUCCGUCCCUGUCUCUCAUUUCCCUUCUUUUCUGUCUCUUGCUUUGAUCUUGAUUUGUUUGCAUUUAAUUUUGGCAUUUCCAGAAAACAAAUCUUUAAGGUGUAAAAUACCUACCUGCCCUCUCUCAGAUGUUCAGGUGGGUAAGCAGACAGGGAUCUAGUUAAGGUACAAGGGACCUUCUUUGUGCCCAAGCCUGGUCUCCACCCACGGGGGAGACUGAGUUACUUACUCUACUGUUCAAUACAAAUCACUCAGAAGAGCUGUCAGUGUCACAAAGAGCACCACCAUAGGUCAGAGAGCAGCCGUCAGUUUUACAGAGCACAGUGCUCGCCCACACAGACACUGACGAUACGGGACCCAAGUGAGCUAAGGACAGAACACUGUACAUAGAUCUGCCCUAUGGAAUUAUUUUCUUUUUGGCGGUUAGUGACAAACCCAGCAUGCACAGAAGCACUAUGGAGCAGAACUCCUAAUAAUGUACAUAGAUGUAUCAUUCAUGUAGCUUUAGAUAAUAACUUUAGAAAUAGGAAGAAAAAAGACUCCCAAUGUACAGUAGCAUUUCUGCUUUGAAAUCUGAGUCUUCUGAUUAUUUUGACCCCCUUGACAGAUGGCCCUCUGCAUGCAUGGCCUUUGUUCCAGCCCCGAAAUGGACCGUUGCUGGGGGUACCUCUCUGUUCCCUUGUCAUUCUUCUGUUGACUCUAACAAGCCAUAGGUCUGGGGACAGUCUGGAGGUCUAACAGACGGCAAGAUCUACCAUCCAAAACCCUGAUAUACUGUGACAUAUUUACAAAAUCGGUGUCAUUUGUUUCUAGAUAAUAAGGGUCUCUCUGGCCAGCCUGGGAGGGACCAGCACCAGGCCUCUGGCACAGCCCCACAGGACACUUCUCGUGAACUUGGAGUAGAGCAGUUUAAGAAACCUUUCUGUUGAACCAUUGAUUGCUCUUCUAUCUAAUCAUGAGAAACUAUGGCCUUUUCAUGAGAGCUAUUGAGUGACAGAACAACCCUUGGGGGGAAGCCAUGGCUUCCAGGAAGGCAUGCAGUGGGUGAAUGACAGGCGCACCCCACCGGCUUCCUGCCCCUCUCUCCACCUGGCAGCCCUGACCCUGAGGGCCUAUCCUUACCAUUUCUUACACUGGGAUUUCUUUUUUUAUCUUCUGUCAUCAUUGCUGUUAAUUUAUCAUGAAAUGACCAGAAUUUGGUAUACAAAGUGUAGAUAACAGUCUUUGUGGCAACUGACAAAUCUCUCCAGAAUGUGGGAGUGGGACACUGUUUGAAAAUCUAAUGCACGUGUCUCUCAGUCAAGAGCACAAAUGCCAACAACAAUCAAACAGCUCUCUCUAUCUCAUUUUAAUCUUGAAAGAAGGAAGGAAGGAACAAACGAAGGAAGGCAGGCAGCACGUGUAAUAAUCUAAAUUCAAAAGGAAGUGAAAAGUAAGACUGGAAAGAGACUCUUCAGUGAGACCCAGGGGCAGGUGGAGAUUUUGCACUGUAGCCGAUGUUUCUCGUUGAUUUUGCAUUUAUAAACUGUUCUUUAACACCAUUGCCCACCAGAAGUAUGCAUCAAAUGGAUCUAAGUUUAUUUCAGCUCCUGCAGAUGUGCUCAGUCUGAGACUCUGCACCAUCAAAGUCAAAGAGGUCAAACUAGCUCUUCCCCUGUUUCCCUCGAGGCCCCUGACCAGACUGCACAGGACUUUGCUGUAGUCCAGGGACCUUGUCUAUAAGAGAGAUGCCCCAGGAAUAUGGGAAGUGGCUCCUCCAUCCAACACCUGGGUCUCUCUUCUCCCUCCACAGAGAUCUUGCCGCGCAGACAACCAUUUCUUGCCGCUGAUUCUGGAGAACAAAGCUGUUGGCUGUAGCCCUUCCUUGCCUGCAGCAUUCCCUUUUGGCUUUGGCUAUUUACCAGGGGAGCCUUGCACUCACUCCCUGCACUCUCAGCAGGAGGUGGAGGAAGAGGGCCUGACACAGUUCGCAGAGGCUCCAGGAGGUCUCAGGGCCUGACCUUGGCCUGACCUUGCUUUAGCCGUAUGAAAGACACCCUGAUUUGGGCACACGCUGCAGCAGCCCAGGGCAGGGCGUGUAACACAGAACAAGAUGGAGAAGGCCUGCGAGUUACCUGCUCACUUAGCUCUUGAAGACUCACUUGGCCUUUUAAAUCUAUUCCUGAGGCUUACAGGACAAAAGAUGCCCGUUGAUGGGUGGAACGAGCAGCUCUGAAGUUGGUGGCUUCCUGCCUGCUCUUCAGCUGGACAGUAGGUCUGGCCGGCACCUGUGUCACUCCCACAUCCAUGCCGUGACCUCAACAGGGUGCUCUGAGGGUAUCUCUGACCCCUGACUCUCUGUUCUCAAUGUCACUGUGGUCGGUGAUGUGAGCAAAACUAAAAGCCUGUUUGUUACAUGAGCUCAAAACCUUUAAAGGAAGGCAUUCCUAAAGGACCUUUUAUUAGAAUGUCCUUAUCAAACAUGUCUAUUUUUCUACAGUUCCUGAGAACAUGGUUUAACAGUGUAUUUUGUGUCAACUGUUCAAAUUUGAAAGGUCGUUAUGUCUGAAUUUUCUAAACAGCAAGUAGUCAAUGGGGUUUUUCAUUAAGGUAACGCAACAAAGGGGACCCCCAUGCCUGCCUUUCUAGCCCCUCUCUCCACAGCAUCUCCACCAGGACCUGUUAACACACCAAGACCCAUAACCACUGGGAGAGAUCUCUGUCUCUCCGUCUCUCUCUCUCUGAUUCUCCCUCUCUGUCCCUCUGCCUCUCUCUGUGUUUCCCUCUGCAUCUCUCUGUCUCUCUGUUUCUGUCUCUCUGCAUCUCUCUCUGUCUCUAUCUCUCUCCCCCUUCUCCCCUCCCUCUUUCUCCCCCUCCUCUUCCCUUUCUCUUUGAUGUUUUGGGCUGCUUGUGUGGUGUCUCUGAGUCAUCUUUCCCAUAAAGCACAGUGGGAUCCAUGGGCCAGAUAAGAACCUCUAACUCAAGGGUGACAGUCACCAUGGUUGACCCCAACAGAGCACAUUAGCUCCGUGAGGAAAGAGAAGGUUUGUCUGGAAGGGUGGAGCUGAAAAGAGCCUCACAGUCCUUGUUCAACUGACACUGCACUCCCUCACUGGCUCCCUGGUAGGAAGAGCAUCUGUUCACUUAUUUACAUACCGGUUUCGUGUGGUCGCUACAGCUGUUUACCCUGGGUCUCCUGGGCACACGGCAUGCCCAUGUUAACUGGUUAGAAUUGGCUCAUCCCCUCCAGCUCCUUCUAAAUAUCGUGUUGGGGUGGGGUGGUGACUCCGUGUCCAUGAAGUUGAAGUCUCUCCUCCUCUGCUCCCUUUCUCUCUGCCCCCCUCUAUUCUCUCUAGGUCUAAACUCACUGAUUUAAUUAGUUCCCUAAAAGAAUCUACCUACUGUAUCAAAAUGUUGACCUAUUUCGUAAGCACAACUUUUUUCUCUUACAGGUUUAAUUAACCAAAAUAGGACUCUGAUGUGCCUGUUUUUUCAUUAUACGCUAAUUUAAAGUUUAAUUAUGGCUUCAUUUUAAAGCCCAGAGUUCAAGUUUCUUGCUUUCUUCCCCUACCUGUUGCCUUUCUGUUUGGAUUUAAAAUGGUAUCUUGGAGUGUUUGGAGACUGACUGAGGUGUGCAAGAUGGAGUGUGCAGAUGCCUUGAAGAUCCGUGAGCACACUGGGAAAAUGCCAGAUCCUUUAGCUGAAACCGUGAAAACAUAGUCACUCACCUCUGAGACGACUUCUCAAGAGUCAAGUUUUCAUUUCCUUUCCUGACUUCAGACCCAUACCGACCAGCCUUACACAAUGUCACUUCUGUGACUCUACUUCAAUGGGUAGCCACAAAGCUGAAAAACAUAGCAACAUUUACAUAACAGAUUGAUUGAUACUACAACAGACUCAAGUAACAUUUUCUUGAGUUAGAUUUUAUGUCCAAACUGCACUUAAGAAACUGUUACCUUUACUUUAGAAUACAGCAUUCCUCUUCCCCAUGUGUGCACCCACAGCGUCUCAGGGGGAAUGUUGACUCAGGAGGUUCUGUAGACCCUGAGACUGUCGGAAGGUUGCUGAGGUUCGGACAGGAUGUGCAGCUUUGACUGUGCGAGGUAACAAUCAAACAGGCUUUCACCUGACCCUGUAAACUCAGAACACUCCCCCAAUCAUCUUGGGGCGCUCCAGGCCACAAGGAGAGGCUCAGCACUAUCGUCAGCAUCUUUACAAUAGGAGGUGUCGAGUUUGGGCAAAUUGGCCUCGAAAAAACUCCAGAUCCUAGUCCCAAAUCCAGGUCACAAGGCUGUAAGCACGGGAUGUUUUCAUUAUGAAAAUGUUUGGCACACCGACUUGCUAAGAGAGUCUAAUGGGCCGACACUAAUUUUUACAUUUAUAAACAGUUGGGAGAAAAACAAAUCGAGAAGACUUGGGGACAUAGAAGAUUCAAAUCUCAGGAGCCCAGAAUGGAACUUGGUUGGUAGAAAGCCCCAGGUUUGGUCCCCAGCACUGCAUAGUUAGUACACACACCUAGUAUAGCAUUUCAGAAGUGGGGGCAGGCAGGUCAGAAGUUCGAGGUCAUCCUCAGCAGCGUACAGAGUUUGGGAUUAGCCUGAGCUACAAGAGACCCUGUCUCAAGCGAUAAUGACAGUUCAAAUCUCGGUGCACACAUGGUUUCACUGGACACAGCAGAGCCCAUGUGCGCCAUGUUCACUGCGCACGCACAGCCUCUGGCUGCUCGACUCUGCUAGCGGAGCUGAGCAAGCACAAGAGGAUUUCGUGGCUGGCAAACGUGCGUGCUAUUACUACAUAACACUAGCCACCGUGUGGGGCGGGGCUGUCAGGGUUAAACUACCCUCACAGGCUUCUGGGAAGGUCAGAGAAGACCUCCUUUCCCAGCCGGAAUCUCCUGGAGUCAUGCGCAGAUCUGCUCCGGGAAAAUAUGCUGUGUCUUGGGGUAGAUCGCGUAGCCGGUGGCUCCCAGAGCACGGCCUUCCCUUCCCUCCCUCGCCCCUGGGCCCUGGCGCCCACCGAGCUGGAGUAAAACUCCUCAUUAUGCGCUAUACAGCAGUGGAGGGUCCUGGCCCGUCAGCUGGACGUGGCUUCUCUGCGCCCACGGCCUUUGGGGGCUACAGACGGGGUGUGCACUCCAUCUCGGGGCUGCAGCGUGGAGGAGCACCCAGUGCAGACACGCUUGCUGCUCCCUCUAGACGGAACUCGGGUUGAGCUCUGUGUUGGGAGGCCCCAAGCGGCCCUCAGCGUUUUCACCCUCUGAGGCCUCGGCGACAGGUCCAACACACCAAUGGGCUAUGCUCUGGUCUCUGUGAGCUGGGGGGAAGCAGACGGGGGACGGCUGUCGGCAAAGGCAAAACAGACCAAAUCUCGGCCGUGGAGUUUUAGAUGUGGCAUUGUUGAGAGUCACAGAUUUGAUUUACUUUUGUUCUAAGGAACCAUUUCUCAGUCAGCCAAAUUUGGGUCUUUAUCUUAACAGUUCUAUUUGAGAGAGAAAGAGAGAGUGAGUGUGUGUGUGUGUGUGUGUGUGUGUGUGUGCCACGCACGCGCUCGCAAACAUAUCAAGUUGUCUUACGAAUGUUUUCCAGGAAAUUAGGUGGGAAAGGAAAGACUUGGUGACGUUUUUGCACGUUGCGCUGUUGAGGAUAGGGGCGGCCCCACAUCCCAGGCUGCGAGCGUGACGCUGUCUGCCACAGACCGCGCACGGGCCUCUGACUCCUCAGUCUGGCAAGAAGUGACGAGGCCACACAGCCUCCAAGUCCAACACAUGAAACAGAAAUAACCGUAAAAGGAGCCAAACGUCUGCCUGGCCUCGUUGCCUUAGCGAAGAAAGCUUGAGGCGCCACGGGUCCCUGUGGGGCCGCCCACGGGAAGGGAGGGUGACGCUAGGCUCUCGGUGGCCGCCUGUUGGUGGAGCCCGGAGGCUUCGAUGAAAUGCAUCUGUGAUGGUUUUAGAGCCCCUGCCCCUAGCCGUGGCUCCUGACGUGCGUGUGGUUGGCAGACAAUGAUAGCCACAGAGCCAGCAGGUCUCAGGUCCAGAGGCACACAGGUCCCUGCAUAUAGGUCCAACACACCGAUGGGCUGUCCUCUGGGAACAGUUCAAAUUUUGGUUUAUAUAUAAACUGCAUAUAACUGACCAUCCCCAGACCGGGGCUCAGGGCCCACUGUACGAGCACUCACCAUCAAAACUGUGCUGUCAGCGUGGCCGAUCUUUCUGAGAGCACAAAGGGUUGUUUUGCUCAGGCGGUGUAAGCGCUGCCGACCAGCAUGAGUGAGAGAAACAUGACAACCGCCGGAGUUUCUAAAACCCAAACAGUGCUCAGUGUGUUCAUCCAAAGGAGCAUGAGGCCCCCAAGACUCCAAGAGUCUGAGAUCAGACCCAAGGAGAGGUGCAAGGCCCUUCAGAGCUUUCCAGUGCUAGAUGUAGUCAUAAAAUACAACUAAUGGGCCAGCCGGGGCCAGUGCCUCCGAUUCCAGCCAGCCGUGCAGCCGGCCCCUCCCGAUCUCCAUCAGUGAAGGAAGGGCACCCCCUCAGACCGUCAUAGCUCUCUCGGUGCCCCUGCCUGUGAGAGGGACAUGAGCGACACCACCCGUGCUGGGCUGGGCAGUCCACAGGCCCCCAUGCCCACCUGCUGAGGCCUCCCUGAAUGAGUGUCCCGAAGAGGGGCUGCUUCUUACAUCUACAAUGACCCCAUAGAUGUGUCUUCUGAGGACGCUGAAUUUCAAGAGUACGUGGGAGGCAUUCUCAGCUCUGCAGAGCACUUCCUGGGUCAGGAGUGAAUUUAGACCUUUGGAGUCUGUUAGGAACCAGGAACCCCAACCACAUGUAAAUCCAAUAAACCACUAAAGCGAGUGGAGAGAGUUUAAGGGACUCCCCGGAAGUUCUGAUUUCUCCAGAGUGAUUGUUAUCAGUGUUAGCACUAAUGUUUGUGUUUCUUUUUUAUUAGACACCAAAUUCUUUACACCUGAGAAAUUCUCAUUUAGAGACCUCACACUGCUGUGAGGACAGGAAGUCAGUUACUUAGAGCCUCACACGGCUGUGAGGACAGGAAGUCAGUCACUUAGAGAUCUCCCAUGGCUGUGAGCACAGGAAGUCAGUCAGAGACCUCACACGGCUGUGAGCACAGGAAGUCAGUCAGAGAUCUCCUACGGCUGUGAGCACAGGAAGUCAGAGAUCUCACACUGCUGUGAGCACAGGAAGUCAGUCAGAGACCUCUGUGAACACAGGAAGUCAGUCACUUAGAGAUCUCCCACUGCUGUGAGCACAGGAAGUCAGUCACUUAGAGAUCUCCCACGGCUGUGAGCACAGGAAGUCAGUCACUUAGAGCCUCACACGGCUGUGAGGGCAGGAAGUCACAGGAUAUCAGUCACCUUUCUGGGUAGUUGAUCCUGUCCCCUCUGUUAGGCAAGCCUCAGAGCUACCCCAUUGGAACGCGCCCUGCAGCUGAUAUGAACCCCAAGGAAGUCAAAGCAUCCACACACUUUCCCUAAAGGAGCUGCCAAAGGUCAGCUCUUGCUGUCAUCCUUGAGCAGCGCCCCGUGUGAGCCCCAUCCACCACUGACUCUCCAGACUUUACUGGAGUCUGACGCCUGGGAGCAAAUACCUAGAACACUUUGCCUUGAGACGCCUCGAGCAUGCACGGGUGUCUGCACAUCUCUGAGCCCAGUCCAGCAAGUGACCAGGUUGAGUGAGGUUCAUGCUGAAGGCACAGGUGGGCUUGCCAGGUUGGGUCUCUCUGUCUUUCCAUCCUUCACAACCAUGAUGCUCUCUUUCCCAGGAGGGUCCUGGGUGAGCGCUUUCUUGAGCUCAGCACACCCUCUAAAAUCAGCGGCAGCGGGGAGCGCACGCCCACAGGCUCUGGAGUGGCCCAAGCAUGUGCCUGCACUGGCGGAGCGCUCUCCUCUCCGCCCACAGUCUGUACAAACUGUGCUCUGGGGAGACACCGAGCACUCUGAUGGCUGUCACCAAGGAGGUGGUAUUCAGCUGCUGCCAUGGCAACCCUCCAUCUGUGAGCAUGGACCACUGCUGCACAGGCUGGAGGAGGCUUAGAGGAGGUCCCAGGGGCGGGAGCUCUGAGGGCUGAGCCGCCUGCAGGCAGCAGAGGGGACCCAGAGAGAAGAGAGUAGCCCAGUAAACGUGUGCUCGCCUAACCCACAUCUACACACACAACAGACACGCACAUGACUGCACACAUGCCUGCAGGUACACAAUCACACUUGUCUUUCUAAAACUCCAGAAACUGCAUUGACGGUAUGCAGUGUAACAAAUGUCCAAGCAAUUGCCAUUCUUCUUAAUAAGUAAACUGUUUGCCAAAUUAAGAUUGGCCAAAAACAGAUAAUGGUUCAAUAACAAGCCAUAAAAAACAUUUUAUUCCCAAGAAGGUGGACAGAGGAAGAUCAGGGGUUCAAGGUCAACCUUAACUCCAUAGGGGGUUCAAGGCCAGCCUGACAGAGACGUUAUUUAAAAAAAAAAAUGAGAGAGAGAAAUAAAUUUGACUUACAUUUUAUUAUUGAAAGUCUUAUUUCAAGUUAAAGAUAGGCAGUCAGAGCUCACAGAAUUCUGUUUCCUCUUGAGCUUGCCAUUUCCAUCUGGCUUUGAACCUGGGAAAAAGCUCCCCACCAAAGCAGAAGGCACUGGCGUGUUCAGCACGUCAGACCCGGGCUAGUGCCAGGUGGACAGACACAGGGCUGCAGCAGAGGGCACAGGACAGGGACAGGGCUGCAGCAGAGGGCACAGGGCGGAGGGAGGAGACGGGCAUGCCGGGGUGCCUGAGCUGAGGGAGCUGUGGGCGAGGGCCUGCUCGCACAGAGAGACGUCUGUGUCCACGUCUGGGCUGCAUGGCCACGCCGCUGUGCUCAGCCCCAGCCCCAGCCCCGGGCUUGCUGUAUCUUCAGGGCCGCUGGCGGAUGGAUGAGCGUUCUCCGAAACCCCGGGCCACGCUGCAGGACUUGCUCCCAUUUGGCUCUUAGUUCUGUCCCAGCAGCUGCGAGGCUCCGUGUGCCCACACAACCCUCCCAUUUACUUCUGCCCCCCUCCACUCCCACCCCAUUCUUCAGGAGCAAAGGAUCCCCAAGCACUGUGCAGUGUGGGGGGACCCCACACCUUCAUAACUGACACACUGGAACUCUAAAGCAGCCACUCUUAAACACGCAUGUGUGCUCACACCCACCACGUCCUUACACCUCCCAGUCAGGUAUAGACAGGGACACGCGUUUCCAAAAGACUAGGGCUGCGCGCUGGCUCAGCAGCUGGGGCCUCGCGGCUCCUGCAGGGGUGCCCACACGGGUAACUCCAGCUCCGGGGACAGUGCUGAGCUACGCAGGCCAGUGCACCUGAACUCACAUACCCACAGUCACACACACACACACACACACACACACACACACACGCAUUCACACACACACAGAGACAUAUACAGACACAGACACACACAGACAUACACAGACACAGACAGACAGACACACACACACACAGACACAGACACACAGACACACACAGACACACACACACAUGCACACACAUUCACGCACACACACACAGACAUACACAGACACAGACACACACACACAGACACAGACACAGACAGACACACACACACACACACGCACACGCUUGAAAUAAUAGAAGUAAAAUCCAAAAUAGGUUUCUGGAGGACGAAAGCUGAAUGAGAAGCGCCCUCUCCUGUCGCCACCGAGGCACUAGCUCUUAAGCGCUCUUACACACACAGCUGACUCACACACAGGCCGGCCCACCCCUCCCUGGGUCCUGGCUCGGCCCCUCCCAGGGAGCUGUGUGUGUGAGCCUGUCUCAAAGUUUCUUUCUUGAGUGACAGGUUCUAUUUUUUUAGAGACACUUUCAGUUCUCAGGAAAGUAAGCGGCAAGCGCCCCUCCCCCCCGCCUCCCCCACUACUCCCCUCUGUCCGGUAGUCACGUAUGAAUUUACCCAGUGCACCAUUGUCACCCACGUUCGGGGGUGAUGUCGGGGCUCACUGCUGGCCACACGCAUCGACUGAGUAAAUGUGUAAGGACGCUCCGGCUGCUAUCACGCCACCUGGAGCAGGUGGCCCGCCUUGCUCCGCUCCAGUCCCAGCGUCCCUCCCUCACAGCCGGCUCAGCCGGCUCUUCCGGAUUGAGCGUGGCUGGGCCAGGGGGGAAAGCCUGAAACCUCGUGCUUUCAUGGAGUCAGAUGCACUACCGCAGCGUCUCCAGCAGCUCCGUAGCCCUUUCUUUCCCAGCACCAAGCGUAGUCCAUUUGCUGGCCUUCUCGGGCCUUCUUUAAACAGCCACUUACUCGUGGCAUCUUGGGUGCCUGGUUGCCCACUUCCGUGAGCUAAAGCUGCUGCACGCAUCUGUGUGUUCCCUGGACAUAAGCUUUCAGCUCGUUUGGGCAAGUGUCAGGCAUCACGAAGGCUGCACUGUUUGGGAGACAUCUUCCUGUACACUGACACCAUCUGCCUGGGAGGCUCCACUGGUUGUUUUCAUUCUUCCAGGAGUGGCGGAGAGCUCCACUUGCUCCUUCCUGGUUUUGGAGUUGUGCCCUUCCGAUGGGUGUGGCAUGGUCAUGCUAUGGCUGUGUGCCAUGCACUUCCCCCUGGCAUUGAACACCUUCCCAGACACUUCCUGUCUGCCUGGAAAUCAUGCUGGAGCGUCUCUGACCCGAUCUUUUGUCCACUCUGUAGGUGGGUUGUUCAGUUUCCUAUUCUUGAACUGCAAAGGCUCUUUGCAUAUUUUGGAUCCUUGUUCUUAUUAGCGCCAUCGUUCGAAAACGCUUUCUCCACGCGGGCCGUUCUCGGAGACUGUCUUUGACUCUGCAGAAUUUUCUCAUCUCAGUGAAUUCCAUCCUGGCAGCCGUCCCCCAAGGAGGGAGCCUUGGAGCUGCAUCUACAAUGCCAUCAUCAUCUCCAGAUCCAUCCAGACUCUGUCCUGCCUCCUGGGAGCAUUGUCAUUGUGCCUGUCCCAGACCCACGGUGGCUUUGAUGGUCACAGCUUCGUGACUGCUGCGGGGUUGGCGUGCGGAUUCUUUUCGCCUUAUUCCUAGUCUAAUAGCUCCUACCUUAUGCUGAAGUGGCAGCCUUUGCUGUUCUUUCCUGCCCAGGGCGACCACUCAGCUUAUGCUGCCUGUGUCUGUGCUUUCUGGUCUCACCCUUCUCCUGUCCACCUGCUCUUUCCCCCUUACCACACUGUCCAUUGAUAUAAUGGUCGGAAGUCUUGGCUUUUGGCUGUGCCAGGCCUCUGUCCUCGCACGGCUUCUUCAAUAUUGAAUGGUAGACUUGGUCUAUUCUGGGUCUUUUGUUUCUCUUUUAAACUUUAGCAGGUGGACAUCCACAAGGUUGCCUGCUUUUCUUUGAAUUGGUAUCACAGUAACUCAAGUCGAGAAGAGAAAGCACUUGGCUGAGCUGCUUCUUCUUCCCCAGAGCAGGGAUGUAUGUCAUUUACUUAGUCCUUCAGCAUCUUUCGCCUUUUAUAGUUUUCCUCAUGAAGCUCCUGUACAUACUUUAUGAGACUUGUACCCGAGCAUUUCAUUUUUCAGGGGUACUAAUUUAAAUGCCCUUUAUAUUUUCCUCCUUGCUCAUUGCUGGCAUAUAUGAAAGCAGUUGGAUUUUGUAUACUAAUUAGUGUCCAAAAUCUUUAUACAUUUUUUUAAUAUUGGUUUUACUAAGCAUAGUGCACAUGCCUUUAUUUCCAGAACUCAGGAGUCAGAGACAGGUGGAUGCAUAUGAGUUCAAGGCCAGCCAGGGCUACACAGAGGAACCCUAUCUCAGGGAGAAAAAAAAAAAAGCUUGAGUUGUUUGUUUGUUGUUUUGUUGGUUUUCUUUAGAUGUUAUCAUCUAUAAAUGAUAACUUUUUCUUCCCUUUUAAUCUGUAUAUCUUUUAUUAACUUUUCUUGUCUUAUUGCAUUAUCUGACUUCUAGAAUCAUAUUAAAAAGCAAAGGUUCCUGUUCCAGGUCUGACAAAAAUUAACAAAAAGAAAGUUUUGAAUACUGCUCCCCUAGGUCAAGAAAUGUCUCUCUAUUCAUACCUUAUGGAGAAGCUUUUACUGUUUAUAACAGUUUUAUUAAUAACUGAAAUCAAGGCCAAAAUGUCCUGUUGUGACAAAUGAAUAAAUGAGCAUAUAUCUAAACAAUGAAGCAUUUCAAAAUUGAAACAACCCAUAAAAUCAUGGAACAAUAUAGAAUAACCUUAAAGGACUAAUUAUUAAGUUAAGAAAAAUCUUAAAAGAACAUAAUACUGUGUGAUUUCAACUAUGUGAUACUUACUGAGGACUUUUAUCAUGAAUGGUAUUUGGGUUUUAUCAAAUUCUUCUUCUGUAUCUACCAAUAUUAUCAUAUAUAAUUUUUAUUACUCUACCCACUGAUAUGGAUUAUAAGAAUUCACUUUUGCAUGUUGAACUGAUUUUCUUAUCUGGCAUAAAUCCCACUUGGUCGUGGUAUAUAAUUCUUUGCACGCAUUGUUAGAUACAAGUUGCAAGUGGUUUGCUGUUGAGGCCUUUUGGUCUUUGUUCGUGGGAGCUAUGGAUUUGUGGUUUUCAUUUACUGAAGUAUCUUCUCCUCGUUUAUUCUUAGGGUGACGCUGCACUCCUAGUGUGGACUGAGAAGUGUCUCUUCUAAUUACAUCUUCUGAGAGAGAUUACAGAGAACUGAUACAUUUUCCUCCUUAACCACUUGGAAGAAUUCACCCAGAAUGAACCCAUCUGGACCUAGUGCUUUCUGGUUGGGAAGGUCAUCAAUAAUUUACUUAAAGUCGGGGCUGGAGAGGUCACUCAGCGGCUAAGAUUGCUUUUGUUCUUGCAGACGGCCUGCUUCAGCUCUCAGUGCACACACUGUGGCUCACAAUCACCUACAACUCUAGGCCCCUUACCUGGAGCCUUCUUCUGGCUUCCAUGGCAACUGCAUGUGUGCAAUGCACGCAAACUCAUGCGGGCACCCACACUCACAAAUAAGAAUAAACCCUGUAGAGGCCCUUAGGUUAUCCAUUUCCUCUAAUGUCAGUUUCCCAGACAGUGUGUGUCCAUCAGUCACUCUGCUUCUUCCACGCAGAGGAGUGUGGAGACAUCCUUUGGUGCGCUUCUCGUGGCCGUGGGGCCGCCAUGAUGCCCCUGAGCUCUCCAGCGCUCUCUCUGAGUGUGUGUGUGUGUGUGUGUGUCGCUGCGCAAACAGAAAUGUAAUUAUUUCAUUUCAAAGAACUAGCUCUUGGUUCCAUUGAUUUUAAUUAGCUUUCUGUUUUUAAUUCUUCUGCUCCUUGCUUACUUGGGAUGUAAUUCACUCCUUCAGCUUAGAUGACUGAUUUCAGAACCCUUUUCUGCUCGAUGCACCCAAAUGCUAUGAAUUUACAUUCAGGCUCUGUUUUCACUUUGUGUCUAAACCUGUGGUUUCAUCCUACUUAGUUCAAAGUAUAUUUUUUAAACUUCUCUUGAGAUUUCUUCUGUGCCCCAUGUUACUGAGAAUUGUGUUGUUUAAUCUUAAAGUGUUUAGAGAUUCCCAUGUCUCUUUCUGUUACUGAUUUCUAGCUUAACUCUGUGUUCUGAAAGAAAACACCGUAGAAUUUUUAUAGUUUUAAUACGGUAAUGUGUGUCUAAUAGGCCAGAAUGCAAUAUCCUAAUGAAUGCUCUCUGUGACCUUGAGAAAAAUCUGUCACGUAAUGGCCAGUUCCUUUCUCUUCCAGCAAGUGUUUGAGCCUACACUCUCCAUCUCUUUCUCUGGUUCUGACAUGAGUUUCUAGUUACAGCCCAGUCAGUUCAAGUCUCCACCACUGUUAGACUCAUGGUCCCGAACAGAAUCAGCUUUUAACUUUUAACUUGCUUAAUUUUUUUUGUUUGAAAGGCUAAAAUUCAACUACCAAAAAUAUUCCUGUGUCCAGCAAUCCUCCACCAACCACAGUCUCUCCCGCCCCCUUCGACACUAGCCCAGGUAACAGGUAGGCAGGUUGUUAAGACACAGUGACCUCCUCCACAGCAGAAAAACGCUUCACGGAAGCUCAGCAUCACUGAUGUAAAAUACACACAGCUGCAUAUUAAAUGAACCCAGGUGAUGGAAGAGAUGGCUCUGUUUUUAUGGACUUGGAAAGAAGGAGAGUUUGGUUCCCCGCAGCUGUGUCAGGAGACUCACGGCCACCUGUGACUCCAGCUGUAUGGCAUCCAGUGCACCUGAGUAAGUGUGUGCAAUCUAAUGCAAACAGACACCCACAACUAAAAAUCACUUUUAGGUAACCCAGGACCAGCAUGUUCGUGGCAAGCUGUAUUCCACACAAGUCCAGCCCUGUCCCGCUGGAAACAUGCAGGGAGGGAUUUCAAGGCCGUGUCGGUACUAAGCCAAACACAUCCUCCAGGAGAAGCUUAGGCCUUAGGAAUACUGAGCGGCCCUCCCACCUUUGAGCUGUAAUGCGCUUUUACAACCUUGCUUUUCUUUUUCUGCCAUGUUUCAAAAGCAGAAAAAGAAAUCCUUCUCACUAUUAGUUUAAAAAUAAUGACUUGUAUGUUCCUUUCCCAGGAAAGGGCCAGAUGCUUGCUGAGUAAAAUAUGUCUUUUCUCUGUAAGCUAUUUCCUAGGAUAGGAAAAAAACAAAAGUAUUCUGAAAAAUCCAUGACUUCAAAAGUCCAUUAUCAGUGCCAAAUUGUCAACAUCGUUUUGUCAUGGUUCUAUGAAAUGGAGGGUAAGGCUGGGUCUGGUCUGGAGGAACUUACUUACUUGUGCCUCCGUGGAUCAUGGAGACCUCACCAAACUGUCCCACAGACCUGUCAGGCAAAGUCAGGAAGCCCUGGAACUGGGUUUUGAAGUUGAGAUGUCAAGGUCCCCACUGGAAUCCAUUCCUAAAGAACACAAGGGCGGGAGCUGGGCUGGGAGGUUCAGAUUGCCUGCUGCUCUUCCAGGUGAACCAAGUGUGGCUCCCAGCCCCCAUUUGGGCAGCUCACAACUGCCUGUAACUCCAGCUUCAGAGGAUUAACCCUCUCUUCUGCCAUCCUCAGGCACCCACAGGCAAGUGGCAUAAACUCACAGGGACAUGCACACACGUAAGUUAAAGUUAACAUUAAAAAUGUCUUAUAAAAACAUAUAAACGCAAAUAGACUUAAUCCUCAGCUUUGUCCCUGCAACUUCCCUAAGAACUUGAGUUUUUGUAAAAGAUUUAUGUCCUACAGAGAAGGAAGUUGCCAUUCUCAGACCUGCGUCAGUCUUCAAGGUUGAGAGCAUGCCCAAACAUUUUGUUCUAAAAGAUCCAAGCAGCUAACUAAAACUAGACAAGGUCAAGGGCCCGUGCAAGGCGUUCUGGACUGUGUCUGAGUGUUGGCUAUGGACAAUCAUGGGCAACGUCUUGAGCAAGGCAUGCUGGGAACGCUGACACACAGUAACGUCUUCCACUGUCCUACGGCCACCAGCUCUUACUGAGCGGCCACACAAACCCCUGGGAACAAAUGCUGAUCUCCACAUCACAUGGGAAGGAAGUGCGUCUAGUUUUAGGGCCAAGACUGUUUAAUCCAGGGUGACCUGCAGGAGCAGCUGCUGGAAUUUAAGACAGCAAGGGGGCCUCUGCGUAGACAGUUGGGCUCGCAGUGUGUGGCAGGAAGGACAUAGCUCGAUAUUCCUUGAGGCCUGGGCAGCUUUGGGAGUGAGAGCUCCAGGGAAAGGCGUGCCUCGUGAGGGGCCAGCUUGGGGCAUCACGGUGUGGUGGCAGAGGACUAGAGGACAGCGCCUAGGCUGCGCCAGGAUAGAUGGCUUCCCAGGGGCUUUGGUAAAAAGACAUUGUAAAAACUGGUGCUAAAUCGUAGAAGAUUCUGAGCCGAAGGUGGAGGAACACAGUUUAUUAAAGCCAUCACAGUGCCAAAACAGCUCCUAACUCUUUAAGGUUGAACAGGACAGUUUCCACUGAAGUGAAGCAGGAUGUCCUUGACACAGCCAUCAAGCUCUCCCAAAUAUUUCAGUGAAUCUGUUUAAAAAAAAAAAAUAGGAAAAAGUGGAAUUUCAGUGGCAUGAAAUAGUAAAUUAUAAGCCCAGCAAAACCAUAUGCAGCGAACACUGGAACCUUCACCGUAGCUUUCUUUAAGCAAAAACCAGUGAUAGAGAUGCACACCAGAGAGAAACAACACCUUCCCAAAGCUCCUGUCAAGGCUUCCACUUCUCUCACAGUAAAGUAGCUGAUACCUGCUUCUGAGGCCAUUGCUGCCAACCUCCCCACCAGCUUUCUAAACAAUGAAAGCCAGGCAGAGCUGCAGUUCUGGUUUGGCUCCUGACCCCCUUUCCGAUCCUUUUGUAACUCCCUCUACUCAGCUCCAAGUAUGUCUGCGCACGGACACCGAGGCGAAAGCAUGCUAAAUGCGAAAGCACAAAUUAUGUAUUGAGAAAUCUCUACAAUGCCAAAUUUUUUUAGAAUAUAUAUAUAUAUAUUUAAGAACUUGCUGUGUUAGGGAAACUGUUUACAUAUUGAGGUGUUCCUCUUUUUUUGACUGGAACAAUAAAAGAAUAAUUUGAUAUG